AUGAGUGUUCCUGACUACAUGCAGUGUGCUGAGGAUCAUCAGACUCUCCUGGUUGUGGUUCAGCCGAUUGGCCUUGUACCCGAAGAGAGCUUUUUCAGGAUCUACAAGCGAAUUUCAGCAGUGAGUCAAGUUAACGUGCGCGACUCUCAGCGUGUCUUGUAUAUCCGUUACAGGCACCAUUAUCCCCCAGAGAACAAUGAAUGGGGGGAUUUUCAGACACACCGGAAAGUUGUGGGGCUGAUAACUAUUACGGACUGCUCUUCUGCGAAGGACUGGCCUCAGACUUUUGAAAAAUUCCAUCUUCAAAAGGAAAUGUAUGGUUCUACUCUCUACGAUUCCCGGUUGUUUGUCUUUGGGCUUCAAGGAGAGAUUGCGGAGCAGCCUCGCACAGAUGUGGCAUUUUAUCCCAGUUAUGAUGAAUGUGAAACUGUGGAGAAGAGAAUAGAAGAUUUUAUCGAAUCCCUCUUCAUAGUGUUGGAGUCUAAGCGGCUUGACAGAGCCACUGAUAAGUCUGGAGACAAGAUCCCGCUCCUCUGUGUUCCUUUUGAGAAGAAGGAUUUUGUAGGUCUGGACACCGAUAGUAGACACUAUAAGAAGCGUUGUCAAGGCCGGAUGCGGAAACAUGUUGGUGACCUGUGUUUACAAGCUGGCAUGUUACAAGAUUCCUUGGUGCAUUAUCACAUGGCGGUGGAGCUUCUGCGGUCUGUGAAUGAUUUUCUGUGGCUUGGAGCUGCUCUUGAGGGGUUAUGCUCAGCAUCAGUCAUCUAUCAUUAUCCGGGUGGUACUGGAGGCAAAGUUGGAUCUCGCAGGGCACAAGGAGGUUCUCUUUCUGCUGAGGCAGGCAACAGGCACAGACCAGGGGCACAAGAAGUUCUCAUUGAUCCAGGUGCGCUAACUUCAAAUGGUAUAAAUGCAGAUACCAGUGCUGAGAUAGGACGUGCCAAGAAUUGUCUUAGUCCUGAAGACAUCAUAGAUAAAUAUAAAGAAGCCAUUUCUUACUAUGGCAAGUACAAGAAUGCUGGUGUGAUUGAACUGGAAGCCUGCGUGAAGGCAGUGAGAGUCCUUGCAAUACAGAAAAGGAGCAUGGAAGCCUCGGAGUUUCUUCAGAAUGCAGUGUAUAUCAACCUUCGUCAGCUUUCAGAAGAGGAAAAAAUCCAGCGUUACAGCAUUCUUUCUGAGCUGUAUGAACGUAUUGGUUUUCACCGCAAGUCUGCUUUUUUCAAGCGUAUAGCAGCAAUGCAGUGCGCUGCCCCUAGCAUCCCCGAACCUGGCUGGAGGGCCUGCUACAAACUGCUGCUGGAAACACUCCCUGGCUACAGCUUAUCAUUGGAUCCUAAAGAUUUCAGCAAAGGAACCCACAGAGGAUGGGCUGCAGUGCAGAUGCGUUUGCUUCAUGAACUGGUAUAUGCUUCCAGAAGAAUGGGCAAUCCUGGUCUAUGCGUCAGGCAUCUGUCUUUCCUUCUCCAGACCAUGCUGGAUUUUCUUUCUGAUCAAGAAAAGAAAGAUGUAACACAGAGCUUGGAAAGCUACACAGCAAAAUGCCCUGGUACAAUGGAAUUCAUCACUCUGCCAGAUGGUUUGAAGUUACCUCCUGUGCCGUUCACCAAAUUGCCUAUUGUGAGAUCUGUGAAGCUUUUGAACCUCCCGACGAGUCUCCGACCUCACAAAAUGAAAAGUCUGCUUGGCCAGAACGUGUCAACCAAAAGCCCCUUCAUAUAUUCUCCAAUUAUCGCGCACAACCGUGGGGAAGAACGAAGUAAGAAAAUAGAUUUCCAGUGGGUCCAGGGAGAUGUAUGUGAAGUUCAGUUGAUGGUGUACAACCCUAUGCCUUUUGAGCUCCGAGUGGAAAACAUGGGUCUCUUGACAACAGGAGUAGAAUUCGAAUCUCUUCCUGCAGCUCUGUCUCUACCUGCAGAAUCUGGUCUCUAUCCGGUGACUCUUGUUGGUGUUCCUCAAACCACUGGACAGAUCACUGUCAAUGGUUACCAUACUUCAGUCUUUGGAGUCUUCAGUGACUGCCUUCUGGACAACCUGCCAGGAGUGAAGACCAAUGGCUGUACUGUUGAAGUCAUUCCAGCUUUACCAAGGCUGCAGAUCAGUACCUCCCUUCCAAGGUCUGCUCAUACGCUUCAGCCUUCUUCAGGGGAUGAAAUCUCCACUAAUGUGUCCGUCCAGCUUUACAAUGGAGAGACCCAACAGCUUAUCAUUAAGUUAGAAAAUAUUGGAACAGAACCACUCGAGAAACUUGAGGUCACAGCGAAAACAGUCAACACUAAGGAGAAGCUGUAUGGAGACUUCUUGAGUUGGAAGCUAGAAGAUACCCUCUCCCAGUUUCCUCUAAAACCUGGAAAGAUUGCAACGUUUACUGUAAACAUUAAAGUGAAGCUGGACUUUUCAUGCCAAGAAAACCUUCUGCAGGAUCUCAGUGAUGAUGGAAUCAGUGUUAGUGGACUUCCGCUCUCCAGUCCUUUUCGGCAAGUGGUCAAACCGAGAGUAGAGACUAAACCUAUUAAUCCACAAGAAAGCAGCAAAGUUGGUGACUUUAGUCAUGUGAAGACACUGGAAGCCAUUUUGAAUUUUAAGUACUCUGGUGGACCAGGACAUGUUGAAGGAUACUACAGGAACCUUUCACUAGGCCUGCACAUAGAAGUAGAGCCGUCUGUUUUCUUUACACGUGUCAGUACCCUUCCCGCAACAAGCACCCGGCAAUGCCAUCUGCUUCUUGAUGUCUUCAAUUCUACAGAGCAUGAGCUGACCAUCAGUGCUAGGAAUAAUGAAGAUUUAAUUCUGCAUGCUGGGGAAUGUCAGCGUAUGGCUAUCCAAGUUGACAAGUUCAGUUUUGAGAGCUUCCCAGAAUCCCCUGCCGAUGGAGCACAGUUUGCGAAUGCAAAGCAGCUGGAAGAAGAAAGGCAACAAGCAAAAGGUCUGGAGAUUAACAGCAAGCUGGAUAUUUGCUGGAAAAUUCCUUCCUUGAAGCGUGAAGGGGAAGCAAGUGUGGAAGGCGUUCUUAACCAGCUAGUCCUGGAGCAUCUACAGUUGGCUCCUCUCCAGUGGGAUAUCCUUGUUGAUGGCAAGCUUUGCGACUGUGAUAUCGUGGUGAACUGCAAAGUGGGAGACCCCAUCCCGUUGCAGGUGAAGCUGACCAACUGGAGCAAACACAGUGUGGGGCCCUUCGCUCUCACCGUGACCCCCUACCAGGAUUACCAAAAUGGGGUGCACAACUAUGACCUGCAAGAUGCUAUCACCUUUGUGGGAUCCAACACCUUCUACAUUGAUUCGGUGAAGCCAACCAAAGACUCUGUGUACUUUGGAGCACUUCUCUUUCUCUACACAGGCGAUUUCUACCUGAAUAUCAAAUUCCAUGAAGACAACUGUAGCAGGGAGCUGCCUCUCUCCUGGUUCUGCCUUCCCAGUGUCCACAUCCGUGCUAUGGAGCCUAUGGUCUAA